AUGUUAGUACCUCCUGCAAAUUUUGGUAUCGCUGAAGAAGGCAUUUAUAGAUGUGCUAAAGUUGAAACAUUAAAUCUUUCAUUUCUGGAAACAUUAAAUUUAAAGACAGUGUUAUUCAUCGGCGGUCAAGAACCUUCUAAGUAUUUUAAAGAGUUUUUCAAGAAUUCUAAUAUAUGUUGGCAUUCUAUAAGAAAUAUCGAUUUCUCACCACCCCAAGAAGUUGUUGAUAUUUACAAACAAUCUGGUGACACUAUCAACCCAGAAUCAAAUCCAGGACCUUCUAACAGCAAUGAUUCUUUAGUUCAAGCUUUAGAUGCUUCAAAAGAUAAUAAUCAUAAAAAGGCAACUAAUAUUACAAACAAUAAUGAUAACCAAAAUUCAAAAGACAAUGAAAUAAAGGAUAAUGAGACUAGUGAAUUAAUAACAGAAGAUUCAGAUAGUAAAUCUAAAUCUCGAUACAGAAAGUACGUUUUGAAUGAUAAUGAUGAAUCAAUGAUAAUUAAGGCCAUAUGUUUAAAGAAAACUUUUGAGUAUUUGAUGAAUAUUGAUCACCAUAACAUUUUGUUGGUCGAUAGAACAAAUAUUGUAGUCGGGAUAUUAAGAAAAUUACAAAAGUGGAAUAUAGCUUCCAUAUUGAAUGAAUAUAGACUAUUUGCAGGUAAAAAUGGUAACUAUUUUGCCGAAACUUUCUUAGAUAUUAUUAAACUUUCUAUUAAACAAGAUAUUGACAAAAUAAAAAAAACAACAUCAAUUAAUCAAAUACAGAUGAAGCAAACUGAGAAAAAAUUUGACAAGAAAGAUAAGAACGAUAAGGGUGGUAAAAAUACCAAAAAGAAAGUGCAUAGUGGAUCCAAUAAGAACAAGUCGAAAGUGGAACUUGUCAAUGAAGAUGACCUUUUAAAAGCUCCCAGCGUUCCUAGUAGAAUUCUUAAAUUGAUUGGAGAUGUUGAAGUUGAAACUCAAAGUAGAAUGAAGUCUGUUCAAGAGGAGGAAAACGAGACUAACUCUAAAAAUGAUAACAAAAGUCAUGGUAUAUUUGGAAAUGAAUAUAGACUAGCCUUUAACAAAAGAGAACUUGGAGAAUACGAAUAUUAUAAAACAUCUCAGAAAGAAUUAACAACGAAAAAGACUAAAGAGAAAAAAAUAGACGACGAAAAAAUAGACGAACCAACAAACAAACAAUUGACAUCGAAGAGUGAAGACAAUACCGUGAUAAUCCAAGUUCCUGUCGAAUCCAAACUACCGUCAUGGUUUAUAUACCAACGAAACCUAUGGGAACAAACAAAUGUGAUAGAGGAACACAAUUUCUACGCUGAAAACAUCUUCUCAUAG